UGGUAAGUUUCGGAUAUAUUAAAUUAAAUACGAAAUUAAUUUACAGAUAAUGAAGCACCUGAAUCUAUCGUUCUCGUGAAUCUACAACGGUGUUCAGUCUGUGUGUGUGUGUGUGUGUGUGUGUGUGAGAGAGAGAGAGAGAGAGAGCAGUCUAGACACUUACAUAUCGAUGAGUUCUCGCACAAUUGAAGCACCGAUCGAUUGGCUCGGUCCCUAAUCGGACGAAGAACUCAAACCCUAGGGAGGGAGGGAGAGAGAGAGAGAUUUUUAUACUCCUAUUCUUUAUCUCUCUCUAACAAUAGGAAAAAAUAUCUGUUUGUACAGAGAGAAGGAAAAAUAGGACUCUGUUUCUCAUCCUCCAAAUCUCUGGCGCGCAGCCGAGCCUCGGCGUCACCGGCGGUGGUGAUCCAGAGGCUCUCGUCGCCGUCGUCGGCGGCGGCGCCACCAGAGAACGAGGGGGAGGCGGAGAACAACAAGAAGAUGAAGAGCCUGUUCAAGUCCAAGCCCAAGACGCCGGUCGACCUCGUCCGCCAGACGCGCGAACUCCUCGUCUACGCGGACCUGAACGCUCCUGACACCCGCGAAAUCAAGCGCGAAGAGAAGAUGUUUGAGUUAAGCAAGCUUCUAAGGGAGCUAAAGUCGAUUCUUUAUGGAAAUAGUGAAACCGAACCAGUCUCAGAAGCUUGUGCACAACUGACCCAGGAAUUCUUUAGGGAGAACACGCUGCGUCUCUUAAUUGUGUGUCUCCCAAAAUUGAACCUAGAGGCCCGUAAAGAUGCUACUCAAGUUGUUGCAAAUUUGCAAAGGCAACAAGUUCAGUCACGGCUUAUUGCUUGUGAUUACUUGGAAAAGAAUCUUGAUCUGAUGGAUAUUUUGGUUUUAGGGUAUGAGAAUACGGACAUGGCCUUACAUUAUGGUGCAAUGUUGAGGGAGUGCAUACGCCAUCAGAGUGUUGCCAGAUAUGUUCUGGAGUCAGAGCAUGUGAAGAAGUUUUUUGAUUAUAUCCAGCUUCCAAAUUUUGAUAUUGCUGCAGAUGCUGCUGCCACUUUCAAGGAACUCAUGACAAGGCAUAAAUCAACUGUAGCUGAAUUUCUUACCAAAAACUAUGAUUGGUUUUUUGCAGAGUUUAACACGAAACUGCUGGAAUCUACCAAUUACAUUACUCGGCGACAAGCUAUCAAGCUGUUGGGAGACAUGCUACUGGAUCGUUCAAACUCUGGUGUGAUGACACGUUAUGUGAGCUCAAGGGAUAACUUGAGGAUUCUUAUGAAUCUUCUCAGAGAAUCGAGUAAGAGCAUUCAAAUAGAAGCAUUUCACGUUUUCAAGUUAUUCGCCGCUAAUCAACAUAAGCCACCGGAUAUUGUUAGUAUACUUCUGGCAAAUAGAAGCAAGCUGCUUCGUCUGUUUGCCGAUUUCAAGACAGAUAAAGAGGAUGAACAAUUUGAGGCAGACAAAGCUCUGGUUGUCAAAGAAAUUGCAGCCCUUGAAACCCAAGACCAGCCAUGAACCGGCUUUGUCGUACGUAUAGCGCCGGUAAAUGGUCUUUUUCCAAUCAAAUUGUGUUAAUCAAUAGUUUUACUAGUCCAUGGCAGGAUUAUACUUUGUAUCUGUAGAGAAUUCAUUUAUCCUCUUUUCCCAUCUCUUUUUCCCCCCCUUUUUGUUUCCUUUUCCCUAUUUCUCUAGUAUUUGUGAUCAACGUAAUGUAUCUUAAAUAAAAGUACGACUAUACCUUGAGAGAGAAACAAGAAAGACAAGAUCAAUGAUAAGAGAUGUGUCAACCGGGUAUUGGAGCUGUAAAA